AUGGCUGCAAAGAAGGCGGCACCCACCGAUGAUGAGCUCUUGGCACAGCUUGACGACCUGAGUACGCAGGCGUCGACGCGUACCUCCAGGCCUUCAACACGAACCGCCCGACAAGGACAACCAGCUCAAUCCUCACAGAAUGAACAAGACCUACUCGCUGAGCUGGGCAACUUGGCCCAACGACCAGCUAGCCGACCAGCCACUCCUUCGUUAAGACCAAAUGCUCCGUCGGCAACGGGCAACAGAUCUCCAAAGCGAACCUCAACCGCCACCCCUCCUCCCGGCCGGGCAAGCGAAGAGAAGUCGAGCAGCGGCCAGCGCAAGUCGGGUGAUAGUACACGUUCGUUCCAUCAAAGCUUCACACCAGCAACCACAACAACUGAAGAAUCCGCAGAAAAUGAAACGCAGCCUGAGCCGGCCCCAGCACCCGCCCGAAGCGGCGGUGGAUGGUGGGGUGGACUGCUCUCGACUGCCUCUGCCGCUGUCAGCCAGGCCCAGGCGGCCGUGAAAGAGAUUCAAAAGAAUGAAGAAGCACAAAAAUGGGCAGAGCAACUUCGAGGCAACGUCGGUGUGCUCAAAGGGUUUGGCGGCGACCUUAGAAAUAUAGCCAUGCCGACCUUUCAGAAUAUCCUGCAGACGAUUGCUCCUCCGAUCUCUUCACACGAGCGACUGCAAAUCCAUAUCACACAUGACCUGUCCAACUAUCCCACUCUUGACCCGCUCAUUUACCAAGUUUUCAGUCGUGUCAUGGCACAGGUCGAGGGUGGAGAUUUGAUGGUCGUUCAAAGAGGACAUGAAGCCGGACCAAAGAGAGACUCGAAAGAAAUGUCGCGACCGUUAGGCUCCUGGCACGACGGACCCUGGUGGAGGAGCGGAGAACUUCGAAGUACCAAUGCAGUCAAGGGCAUGGUUGAGGGCACCAAACUUGCUAGAGCUUCUGCCGAGAGCUACGCUGAAGAAUAUUUUGGAAGCAAAGGGGGAGUGGAAGAGGCUGCGAAGCGAGCCACAGAAACGCUUUCCACCUCCAAUCCGACCAGAGACAGUGAAAUUUUCCUUGCGAUCCAAGCGAUCACCCAACCGGUGCCGAAAGAUAUGUUUGCCCCGGCACCAAGUCUGGAAAAAGACGGACAAGUGAAAGAAGCGAAGGAGGACAACACCACAGAUGAAGUCGUUUUCGCGGUCUAUCUGCACGACCCUAUUCACGGAAUCGCCUUCCAGGCGGUCUCUCAAGCCAUUCCCGGACAAUGGAUCGACUGGCUGGAUGCACCCAGUGGUGGUGAAGGCACCUUGCCAGAGAGUAUCGAGGAGAUUAUUGCCAGUGGUGGUAUCGAUCCCAGAGAAUGGGUGAGCGAAUGGGUCGAAGAAACGCUGAGUCUUGCGGUUGGCGUACUGGCCCAGAGGUACGUUGCACGGAGAAUGGGUGUGGGCGAGGGUGGACCUGGGAAAGGCAAACUCAGAGCCGACUUGGGCCAACAGGCCAUGGUUGAAAGCGGUGGCGGCGAAGCUGCUCGGGCGCUGGGGGGGAUGUGA